GCAAAAUAAAGAUCAACACCCUACCAUGACACUAAGGGUACGAUGGAAUCCCGCAGUACGGCGGCCGCAUAACCUCUGCUGUGAGGCUCCACGGCUGUGAUGCGGCUUCGAACCUCCUGUCUCAGAUCUCCAAGACAGUCGACUUGAUGUCUGCACCGUUCAAUCAUGACCGGCGCGUCAUUCCAGCCUGCCUAUCCUCCCUAGCCAUUUUCAAUCCUACCCUAGGCCCACGCGACGAAAUCACUGGCGAACAGAUAUUGUAUUAUUAUUCGGCCAAAGAUGAAGAGAAUUCCGAGAAGGACCGGGCGGAGAAGGGCAAUCGCAAAACGGGCGAAGAUCAAAAUGCAGCCAGACUUGGAGACUCUGUAGUCAAAGGACAAGUCGAGGAUCAAGAAGAUGCAGAACAGAACAAGCGUCUUCGCCAAGUUGGUCUGGCGCAAGGCAUGGUCGACUUUGUAAAAAACUUCUCCAAUGGAGUCCCCCUCGAAUCCAUCGAGACUGAAAAGUCACGAGUCGUAUUGAAAGAAGUUGAGCCGUCAUGGUGGAUCCUGGCCACUAUCAACCUGACCAAACUACCUCCCACGUCCUCCACCUCCUCCUCGAGAACGACAACGAAUGUGAACAAAGGGCGAGCACAUACAAAGGUGGCUGCCGAUCCGGUCGCCGAGUAUUCCUCUCGAGAGGUUGCCCCGGCGCAGUUACUUCUCAGCCAGUUGAUUCAAGCACACCGAGGAUUCUUAUUACAUCAUGGUCCAAGUCUGUCAGAGUUGUGGAAGAAAAUUGAGAACAAGACAAUUUUUUGCGGCCUUCUAAACCGGUAUUGGACACAGUUCUGCAGAAGUUGGCAUGUCCUUUUACAUGGAAAUCCCGCAGUCGAACUAUAUGAUGGACUCAAGCUUGCGGGUGCCGGCGAGCUGGGAAUUGGAGUCGGCGAGGAGGAAUGGGGAAGUGGAGAGAGAGAAGUCCUGGAGGACUUUGCUGGAAGGACUGAAGGUCUGGUCGACCUGAUUGUUGGCCGUUAUGGUGACGCUCCGCCACCUCGACCUACCGAACAGGCCGAUGUCGCCGGUGACCACAAAGCAACCAGCAGGACAGGCAAAGACCGUGAUGUCUGGCUGGGGCAAGGCGAAAGCUCAAGAGCACAGGACGGUAUAAUAUUCUCCGGCAUUGAUGGGAUUUUGAAACGGUCCGUCAUUACGAUUUCACAAUGGAUUGAGAACAUCUUUGUCCAUGGCGAAGCAGCGUAUGGCGUGGGAGAGAACCCUGCUUCGAGACCUAGAGGCCCUCGAAGGAGGAGAAAGGCCAAAUCUGCAUCACGACGCACUCGCGAAGAACAGCGUCGUCGACCCGACCCUGGACGAAAGACUUCUGAGCAUAAACCUACUCCGCCAGGUAUUCCCCCACCACUUGUUGCCACAGUAGACACGUCUACAGACACAGGGCGCACGGGGGCUGCAAAGCAGCCUGAACCAAAUGCAGCUGCAGAGGAUCAGAAAGAUCCUUCAACAACUGGUUCCAACAAUUCUGUACAACAAGGCUCAUUGAUUGCACCGGAGACGAUGAUGAAAUAUAUUAGCUUGGGUUAUGGAUCAAGUUGGACAUUGAACCCAAAGGGGUUUGCAUCGGAUGAUCCAAUUAAGCAACAUGAGAGCAAGAUCAUUUCCAAGCAGGAAGAAUCUACUGCCGCUGGAGCUAGCCUGGUCGAGGGAGCCCAGCAGAGCGGAGAUAAUGCACUCGGCGAUGUCGAUGAGGGAUCUGAAGAGCAUUUGGUACAACGAAUGGAAGAGUCAAUCGGUAGAUUCCUGAUAGGGUUAUCAGGAGAUCUUGAAGGCGUCGAAUUUGAAGACGAGCUGGACAAGGGCCCAGACGAUGGUUCAGAACGCCAUGCAGGUCAGAAACGCGCAACGGCAACUAUUUCGGAUAGCUCCCGGCGGAUAUUCCUUCGCACGCUCACGGUUGAAAUGUCACACCCAUCGGCAUCUAGUGGUGUGGCAGGGGACAAGACAGCCGCAACGCCACAGACGCUUGAAGCGCUCGCGAGGCACGGCGCAAAGACUAGCGCAGCAUCCUCAGUCGAUGGAAGUCAUCCUAUCAUCUCACAUCAAACAGUUCAGGUUGUGGUUUAUGCACAUCAGCCUUUUAUCUUUGUUUUCCUGUUUCGUCUCCACACGACAAGUCUGGGGUUGCCAGCAUUCUAUCGCAAAAUCCACCACACUCUUGGACCUCUCCAGAAGAGCCUUCUCCGGAGUACAGACGUUAACAGGUGGCGACAACGAGUGAAAGAGGCUCUAGACCCAGGGUCACUCUCGGUAUCGGUUGAGAGUGAUACCGAGCCAGCUAGGGGAGCUGCACGCGAAGCCCCAGAACUCUACGACUUCAUAUUCGACCCUGAGAAGCUGACUAUCAGAACGUCUGUACCUAAUAUUCCCGUUCCGGGAAGCCUUGCUGCAGAAGGUCUGCAUCAAUCACAUCGACUUCGUCCAGUGACGGUGUCGGGGUCAUGGUAUACACUUGGAAUUCCGUUUGGGUCGAACCCUGCUUCUGGCACAGCCUCUCCAACGGGCGCUGGUGGCCUUGUCAAGAGCGCGUGGACUCGGAUAGAAGCGUUGAGUGUGCACUCACACUUGAUGAACCUAUGGGCUGUAACUCGUGAGCCAAGGGUGGAGUAUUGGCAUGCUCAGCCCAAGCCAGACGAAAAGGAGAGAAGUGUGAAAACAUCGCGUGGUUGGUGGGUGGUCUGGAUGCGAGUCGAACCGCAGGAUUACGAUGAUGCCCAGGCAGCGAUCACGGGGAAGGUUCCGAAAGAAGCAUACCUUGUCAGGCGAGCUCUGCAAGAGUACCAGUCUGGCAGGGAUGCAUCCGGCACUCGAAAUGAAUCAAGGAAUACGAGCUCGAGUGGAAGAUGGUUACUGCGGGAGCAGCCGCGCAGCCGUGAGGUUAGUGGAUUAGCAAGCAGCGUUGCGACUGGUGGUGACAGUACUACUGCCAAAGGUGUUGGACAGGGAGUUGGAGUUGAUGCCAGGAAAUGGGUCGAAGGGCUGAUACGACUCAGCAUGUGACAAGGUACUUGGGGGUUAGAGGUGGUAGAGGUAGCACAGGUCUGGAGGUGGUCUGGAGGUGGUCUGGAAGAGGUCUGAUGGUGCGCGGAGAUGCGCUGAGAUGCGCUGACGUGGCGCGGAUGGGUGGAAAUAUAGCUCCGUUCGGCCCUAAUGCCCGCAUGCCGAAUCUAGAAGGUUGCUGCACUGGUUGCAUUCAAUCCCUGUACAAAACGGUCCAGAUCCAUGCAUGCCAUGCGCCGUGCCUUAUCCCUAGUCG